AAGUGCGCACGCGCCGAUGCGGAGUCAGUGAGAAGCCGCCGGUGUUUUGCAAGUGUGUUUAUGUCGCAAAAUUAAUAAUUAUGUAUUGAAUUUUUUGCUCGCAUUUAAUGCGAUGCGAAAUAAGUGCUGGCAGUCGCAAAAAGUUCCAUUUCCUGAUUUGAUUUUUAAUUUCGUAUCCUCCAACAGAGCGAGGUGGAAAUCAUAUGGGGAGGUGUGUGUUCAGCAGUAGCCGUCCUACGGCUGAUAUGAUGAUGACAAUCAUAGGAUCAAUCAUAGAUACCUGAAACAUGUCGUCGCCCUCGAAACAUCGUUACAAGAGGCAGUCCUGGUGCAGAAGGUUUAUGUACAAAAGAUUGCCCAUCACAAAAUGGUUACCAGAGUAUAAUUCAGAGAAGGCACUCGCUGAUGUAAUAGCUGGAAUCACUGUGGGUCUGACAGUUAUACCACAAGCAUUGGCAUACGCGACUUUAGCUGGUUUAGAUCCACAGGACGGUCUCUAUUCCUCUUUCAUUGGCUGUUUUAUUUACAUUAUAUUCGGCUCGUGUAAGGACAUUACCCUCGGACCCACGGCAUUGCUGGCACUAAUGACGUACCAACAGAUACAAGGAAGGAAUUCAGACUACGCUAUAUUGCUAUGUUUUCUUACUGGCGUAGUUCAACUGGUCAUGGGACUGUUACAUUUAGGUGUUCUAAUAGAUUUCAUAUCUGUCCCUGUGACCGUGGGAUUUACGUCAGCAACGUCUGUGAUCAUAGCUGUGUCUCAGCUGAAAGGCUUGUUGGGAUUGCAGUUCAAGUCUGGAGGAUUUAUAGACACUCUAAAAAAGGUAAUAACCAACAUGCCAAACGCAAGAUUCGCUGAUAGUACACUGGGAGUGUCGUGUAUUGCUAUUCUUCUGUUAAUGCGGAAAAUGAAAGAUCUGAACCUGCCGCCAAGUCAAAAGGGUCUGAAGAAAGCGCUCUGGUUGUUAUCCACGUCCAGAAACGCAAUUGUAGUCGUAUCAUGUUCGUUGAUAGCUUUCCUAAUGGAGGCGCAUUCAGAGUCGCCUUUCAAACUCACGGGAACUGUGAAAGAGGGUCUCCCGUCAUGGAACGUGCCACCAUUUACUACCAGUUAUGGAGGCAGAGAUGUAUCUUUCAUUGAGAUGUGUUCGGACCUCGGAUCGUCCAUAGUAUUAGUGCCAGUUAUAGGAGUCUUAGGAAAUGUCGCCAUAGCUAAAGCUUUUGCCAGCGGUGAAUCAGUGGACGCAACGCAAGAACUACUAACCCUGUCGAUGGCCAACAUAUUUGGGUCGUUUGUGGGCGCUAUGCCCAUAACCGGCUCGUUUUCCCGAAGCGCUGUCAACCACGCCAGCGGUGUUGCCACGCAGUUUGGUAGUUUAUAUACUGGUAUUUUGGUGAUAUUGGCCCUGAGUCUGCUGACGCCAUACUUCUAUUACAUACCAAAAGCAUCAUUGGCUGCAGUGGUGAUUUGUGCUGUGAUAUUUAUGAUAGAAUAUGAGGUAGUAAAACCGAUGUGGCGGUCUCGUCGCGCGGACCUGGUGCCCGCGUUCGCCACGUUCGCCAUAUGCCUGGUGGUCGGCGUGGAGCUGGGCAUACUGGCCGGAGUAGCGGUUAACGUCGUAUUGCUACUGUAUCCGAGCGCCAGGCCGCAGUUGGAAGCAGAGAUCAUUACGAACCCGUCCGGUUUCAGCUACCUACUAGUGACGGUCGGCAACAGCUUGUACUUCCCCGGCGUCGAGUACAUCCGACAGUACGUGGAGAGAGCCGCCAAGAAACAAGGCGGCUGCAGCAUGCCCGUUGUCAUCGACUGUAGAUACGUUCUAGGUGCCGACUUCACAGCAGCUAAGGGUCUCUGCGCACUAUCGAAUUCGCUGUCAUCUCGCGGGCAGCCCUUAGUUUUGUUGUCGCCUCGAGCCAGCGUAGCUUCGGUGUUCAGCGGCGCGGGUUCCAGUGUAGUAUUAGUUUUGACACCUAAUGACCUGGAUUCUACUUUGCAAGAUCUAACCGGUCAGAUUCCAAUGAUCAGUACAAAUGAGAGGCGCGCCACUCCGCCACCAAACUACGAUUCCGUUCGCCAACACGACGACGAAAUAACUGAAGUAAUCGUGUCCAAAGACCACAACAACGUACCCUUACUGCAGAGGAACGGCAAUGGAGCCUCGAAAUCUUACGAAUCUGAGGUCAAUGACACGUGACGUAUUUUUAUAUCUACCUUUUAGUGUAGAGUAGAUUUACUUUUAGUGUUUAGAUGACGACAAUAUUUAAUUUGAACUGGACUCAAUUCAAAAACAAACAUGGACUGCAUUAAAAAAAUCAGUAAAAACUAAGAAAUCAUUUGUGUAAAUCUCGCAAUGUGCAACUUGAUCCAGUAAGAAAGUCUGUAUACACUAACUGUAUUAUGUAGUUCAAGGAAAUCUUUAGAACCGUUUAACAACUACAUUUCUACUGACACUUCAAAUAUUCAGUCCAGCUAAAAAUUCAAGUCAAUGCCAUUAGAAGUUAUGGAGCAGUUUUACCAAAAGUAAGUUUUAUUACUGAAUUAGAUGCUAGUAUUAAGUACUUUUUAUUAUUAAGAUAAAUGCAAUUUUAAGUUUAGUUAAGGUAUUUUUAAAGACGAAAACUGUAAGUUCGAAGUUUUACACACGUUUUGUUUAUUGCAUUAUAAUGCAUUGCAGCAUCAUAAAAAAUCAUGAAUUGAUUUGAUUGUUUAAGUAUUUUGUGUGGUGUGAUUUUCCUACAAAUUGUUUGCAAAGUUAUUAAAUACAUGUAAUCAAAAACUUACCAAUUUUUUAUCACCAAUAUUGAACUUCACAGUGAAAAAUUUGGCAAAGCUUUUGACGAAACAUUAUGUCAAUCUAAGGGAUCCCCUAGAUAUAAACAAACAGAUACACCUACAAAACAGUUUCAAUGUUCGAAUUUUGUAGCAAAGAUCCAUCUCAGUUACAUAUUGUAUUAUUGUCUAGUACUUAACUAUUCUAUAUUCUUUUAUAUCACGCCAGAGAAUGUGUAAUUUUUCAUUCAUCUGUUGGUUUUUCAUUUUUCUGUAUUAAAGGAAGUUGAAGUUUGAACUACGUUCUUACUUAAUUUGUACCUAAGCAUAUCUUUGAUAGCAACAAAACUUAACUUAUUAAGUUUUCUAAGUAAUUCGUUUUACAAAUAUAUGAUAAUAAUGAAUGUUUAAUGAAAUUAAUUUUGUGUAUUUACUACAUUUUAUUGGAAAAUCAUACUUAGGUCUGUCUUAUGAUUAUGUUUUGUCUCUCUCACACUUUUGAGAUAAAAGGAGUUUAUAAGUUUCUUCUUUAAACUAAGAGAUGAUUUUAUUAUUAAUUGAUUAAUAAUGGCUAUUGCCAUUGCCAUAUGAAAUAUGUAUUAAAUACUUUACUCUCAUAUAUGUAGUUAAAUAACUACGAGUAUUCUCUCUGCUGUAUUUUCUCUCUCACCAAGGUUUUGGAGUCUCAACGAUAAUUUUAUUUAGUCUAUAAAUAUUUUUAUGCUUAUAACAUUUAUCCUUUUUAUUUAUUUAUUAAAACCUGCUAUAAUGUGGAAUUAAAUUUCAAAUCUGAUGUUUACAGUUAUAAGUUUUACAAUGAAAUUGUAAUUUCCAUUGAAUUGCUAAGAAUAAA